GACAUCUGCUGCUGGUUUACGGCGGCUGCCCCUGGGCGUGCAGGGAGCAGAAGAAGAAGAAGAAGAAAGUGCCAACAUGGCGUUCACCCUGUACUCUCUCCUCCAGACCGCGAUUCUCUGCGUUAACGCCAUCGCUGUGCUGCAUGAAGAGAGGUUCCUCAGCAGGAUCGGCUGGGGUGUGGACCAGGGAGUCGGAGGUUUUGGGGACGAUCCAGGAGUCAAAGCCCAGAUCCUCAACCUCAUCCGCUCGGUCCGGACGGUCAUGAGAGUGCCUUUAAUAAUUGUGAAUACUGGCUGCAUCGUCCUGUUGUUGCUGUUUGGUUAACACCAGCACACAAUCUACGGACCGGACACGUGCCAAGGAACCACUACACACUCCCACACAGACGCACAGGAAAAUGUGUGUAAUCCAGAGACGUCUGUCUUCGCUGGUCUUCAGCAGCGAGGACAAUGUUUUCCAUAAUGGUUGUCAGCGGAACAGAGGAAAAGAAGAAGCCGAGACGAACACGUUCAGAACUGAAACAUUCGAGGAUUCAAAGUCACAAAUACAACAACAUGUGUUUUUGCUUUCAUCAUCACAUGUUUCAUCACAGACUCAUUCGAGUGAAUCUGUUUUAGUGAUUUCAUGAUAAUGAGUCAUGUUUUAUUUGAGAGUUACAGAGGAGGAGCUUGUUACUUUUUAUGGAUACCACAAAUGUCCGCAGCAGUAUUUCCUGUUUCACUUCACACACACUGUGUCGAUGAAAUAGAAAAACACACAUCAGUGUUCAGAUCUGCUUCAACCAGUUUAAGGGGCUUAAAGAUCACGUUUGGAGAUUCAAUUAUGCUGCUGCCAAACUUUCUACCUGUGAUCUGUGUCUCUUUACCAGUUUUUGUAAACCAGAGACGUCAGUGACAGGAGAUAUUCAACAUUUGUCAAAAAGAUUGCGACUGUAAAGUUUUAACUUCUCGUCGUCCUACAGAACUUGUUUACUCAUUUGUGUUUAGGAGGGAAACUCACAGUCGAGGUAGAGGUGCACAAUCCCACAGCUGACAGGAAAUUCUCUUUAAAGCUCCUUCAUUUUUACUAAAGUGUGAAAACAAAUGUUCAGUGUUUUUAUUUCUUCUGUUUUGAUUGAAUAUGUGUCAUGUAAACUUUAAGCAAUACGACCAAACACGACUGAAAUGUUUUUACCUUUGUACUGUUUACACACAAGUACCCUGAGAUGGUAUCUUGAAAUAUUAAAUGUAUUAUUUAGUGCAAUUAA